GGAGCUGAACAUUUCCAAGCCCCAGCGACCAGGGGAGGGGGGAGUUUCAGAUUUAGGGGAAACAACAGACCUGUUUUUGAGCAACGGAACCCCCAGAGGGGAUGGGGUCAUAGAGGCUGCCAACAGUGGAACGGAACGGUUUUAAUGCCAUGUGGGAGGGGGAUGGUUGUAAUACUGAGUAUGGAGGUUAUGACAAUAAUUAUGAGUUUUUUUCCUGCACAUAGGCAAUGGUAUAACCAGAGGAUACCUGGAUGGGCAGUGGGAACAGGAGUUUCCAUAUUGGGAUGGUUAUCGGGUGCCGAGUCUCCAUUUAGAAACAGGGAGGAAGAGGAGAGCUGGUUGCAGUGGAGGAGAGAAAGAACGCAAAGACAAGAGGAGGAGGCAGGCCCAUCAACAAGGAGGGAAAAAGAAGCCUAUCCAGCAAAUACAAGGGUGCAGAAAGAGGAUACAAGCCACACAGAGACCAAUCGUGGCAAUCGCUGCAAAGGAGGCACCUAUGGGUGGAUGGAGGCUAAGAAGGUGCUCCAGGGUCUUCGGACCGAUCGCCUAGAUGGGGUCAGGAAGGAAUUUUCCCCUGCGGUGCCAAUUGGAAACACACACCGAAGGGUUUUUUUUUCGCCUUCCUCUGGAGCAUUAUUAUAUGUGAAGUCAAAGGUACUCCCUGAAAUCAGCUGCAGCUACAAAUGUGUGGGGGUCAGCGGCAGUGCGGCUCCAGGAGAAAAGACGGUUACAGUGCAGGCCUACCCUUUGGAGAGUCACUAGUGUGGAGCAGACUUUGACUGCACGGUCUUGUCUGAGUCAUGCAAGGGGCUGGGGUUAGCGCCAGUUAUGCACACGGUUGGGAGCAGGAGGAUGGGCGACUGAUUGGUCACAGAGGGCGCUUGGCCCCAUGAUCCCUGCUCCCUAUGGUUGUCUAUUACGGUGUGGGCACAAUGCCCAGGUUGGUGAUAGGAGCCGCAGCUGGGGGUCAGGGGGUACCUAGUCCUUUUUAGCAAAAAGUAAUAAAUAAAGAAAGUGACUUCCACACAUAUUUUGCACCAA